ACGUGUAUCUACAACAGCCCCAAAAUCACUCCCCCCCAGACAAACGUGUACGAAAAAGCCAUCACCAUUUCGUCGAUUGCGAUUAAACGCAGGCCAACGCUGCCGCAAACGCCAGCGAGUGCCCCACAGGUGUUGUCACCCAAACGACAGUGUGCCGCAGCUGUAUCGGUUAUACCAGCCAACGCCGCCAAUCCAGCAGCAGCUCAACUAACACCCCAAAUACAAUACGCCACAGCACCCGCUAGCGCCACCGCCGCCCAUCAAGUCGCCUUGAAAGCCGGUCAUCAACAGUUUGCCUUUAAUACAGCUGCUGCUGCUCAAUUAGCUGCCACAGCAGCCAUUACAGCCCACUCACAUCCCCACCACCAGACACAAGUGGCUGCUGCAGCAGCUGCGGCCGCUGCUGCUGCUCAACAUCAACGUAAUAUAGCUGCUGUUGCUGCUCAACAUAUAAAUCCAGCAGCCGCUGCUGCUCUACUCAAUCACCAGUUUAGUCAGGGAGCCACACACCAGCAACACCACCAACAACAACAGGCCGCUGCAGCUGUAGCAGCUGCGGCAGCAAACGCUGCUCAUCAGCAACAUUUGGUAUUGCAACAGCAACAACACAUCUAUCAGCAACACCAACAGCAUCAACAGUAUCAACAACAGCAACAACAAAUUAGACACUUGCAACAUCAACAACAACAGCAUCAUCACAAACAACAACAACAACAACAACAGUUAUUAGCGGUGACAACACCUACUGCCACAAGCAACCAACAAAGUUCCACUACACCCUCAUCGACUACAUCUCCUAACGCCUCUUUGGUCUCCUCCACCUCGUCAGUUAACAACAACAACAACUCAGUUAGCAUCAAUAAUUCUCUACAUUCCAACGACUCGAAUACAUCGUCGUCCUCAUCAAAGACCGCAACACCCACACCAACAGCUACAUCAGUGGCAACAACUGCCACCACAAGUAACGACUCUCUAACCACAGUCAAUAGUAACGGUUGCAACCAGAACAACAACAACAGCAACUCAUCGAACAACUCGACAACAACCACAGCGACUACAACGUCAACAAUGGAAAAUCAAAUGUCUUUAGCACCAUUGGGAUUAUCGCAAAGCAUGGAUUCGGUUAAUACAGCUAGUAAUGAAGAAGAGGUUCGCACUCUGUUUGUGAGUGGUUUGCCCAUGGAUGCUAAGCCACGUGAACUAUAUUUAUUAUUUAGAGCUUAUGAGGGUUAUGAAGGAUCUCUUUUAAAAGUAACAAGUAAAAAUGGUAAAACUGCAUCGCCUGUUGGCUUUGUAACAUUCCAUACUCGAGCUGGCGCAGAAGCCGCUAAACAAGAUUUACAGCAGGGUGUACGCUUCGAUCCCGAUAUGCCCCAAACAAUACGCUUGGAAUUCGCCAAGAGUAACACGAAAGUGAGCAAACCCAAACCACAGCCCAAUACAGCGACAACAGCCUCACAUCCUGCAUUGAUGCACCCACUCACUGGACAUUUGGGUGGGCCCUUCUUUCCGGGCGGACCCGAGCUAUGGCAUCAUCCGUUAGCAUAUUCGGCUGCCGCCGCUGAAUUACCCGGAGCUGCGGCUCUACAACAUGCUACACUAGUACAUCCGGCACUGCAUCCUCAAGUGCCAGUGCGCUCUUAUCUUUGACUAAAUACAGACAAAGUUAUGGAGCAGCCUAUGCAUCAAACUCAAAUGACAAUGCCGCAACAUCAUCAACAAACAACAGCUAUACAUCCUAAUAUGCAUAUGUCUGCUGCUGCCGCCGCCGCUGCUGCAGCUGCGGCUGCCGGUUUACCACCUAGUGGUGCCGCUACUGGUCCGGCUGGUGCUGCUCACCAGUCCGGUGGUCAUCCAUCACAUCAUCCUUUUUUAUCAAGUCCCGCUCUAGCGAGCCCAGUUGGUUCUACAAAUAAUGCAACGCAUCCUAAUAAUCCACCUUUGGCUGCCAAUGCACCAUGUUCGACUUUAUUUGUAGCCAAUCUGGGACAAUUUGUUUCAGAACAUGAACUCAAAGAAGUAUUCUCUAGUAUGCCUGGCUUUUGUCGCCUACGAAUGCACACAAAAGGUACGCACAAUAUCACUUCUUCUUCUACUACUACUUCCAUCACUUCUUCUACUACUACUACUACUACUAAUAACACGUCCAACACUCUCACAAAUAAUUCUAACACAACCAAUACCACCAACAACAAUACAUCAACAAGUUGUAGCACAAAUUCUUCCAACAACACUUUAGCAGCAGCUACUGGAACCGGAGCCGGACAUUUAAAUAGUCUACAACAGCAGCAGCAGCAGCAAAUAAUACAACAGCAACAACAACAACAACAUUUUAACAAUUAUAAUAAUGCUACCGGAAAUGUAAGCACUUUGUCGGGCGGAAAUUUAACAGCAACAACAACUAAUGCUAAUCAUCCUGUAGCAUUUAUUGAGUUUAAAGAUGCAAAUAGUGCUGCUGCUGCCAUGCAACAAUUACAGGGCAAAUAUUUACUAUCUUCAGAUCGUGGCUCUAUACGUAUAGAAUUUGCCAAGACUAAAAUGAUUAAUGAUGGCUCUAAUACACAAAUUGUCAAUGCUAAUCAAGGCAAUAACAAUAAUAACAGCACUCAUAAUCCCAAUAAAUUAUUGAAUACCACAAUGACUCUUAAUCCUACAACAAUGACCAUAAUAAAUCCUACUGCAUCUAACAUGUUGACACCACCACCCACUAACAAUUGUCCUCAGUUGGUUAUAUUGAAUGGUUAUCCCACAGCCUCUGCAGCUGGACAUCAACAAAUCUUAAUGGCACCACCACCGCCACCAGCUCAAUUGGGUAAUCAUCUUCAUCAGCAUACACAAUUUAUAAAUUGUGCUGCUCCACCAGCCGCUGUAACAGCUGUCUCAAUGGCCCCUUCAUUGGCCUCUUUACAGUUCAAUAGUAAUACUAAUUGUAAUAGCAACAAUAACAAUGGCACCAACAAUACUAAUAACAAUACAACUACAACUAUUUUAAAUAAUAAUAAUUUUAAUAAUGCAAAUAUAAUUAAUAAUAAUAAUAAUAACAAUAAUCGUUCUACUGCACUACCACCACCACCACAACCACCACUACCACCUCAGCCUACUACUGUUGUUGUAAAUUCACUACAGCACCAACUUCAUCCAAUACAGCACCAAAAUCAUCUUUUUAGAGACGUAUGUAUUGUUUGA